AAUUUAGCCGAAGCCGUUCACACAAAGAGCGCAAACUAAAUUCGAAGUUGUCACGUACAAACAACGACAAAGAUUGGGUUAAUCCACGCAGCGCGUGCACGCUUAUCGAGAUGGGGUUUUCCCAUGAUCUUGUCGUGGCGGCGCUUAAACAUUCGAAGAAUGAUCUACAGCGAGCGCUGGAUUUGCUGCAAACGAAUAGUGAUGAGUUGUUGCAAAGUUUGCCAAAAAAGGAAAAUGCUGAUUCUGAUAUUUUGGAACAGUUAAAAGAGCUUGGCUUUAAUGAGGAAAUAGUACGCGUGGCGCUUGAGACUACACAAAAUGAUCCGGGGAAAGCACUCGAUUUUCUAGUUAAAAUAUUCGGCAACGAGGAGGAUUUACUAAAGCAAAUAAGUCGUAUUGCCGAAGCUACUAAAGAAAUUGUCGGCGAUGACACACCAUCUACUUCUAGCGGAUUGAGUUCGCUCGCAUCUACAGCUAUGGACAAAGUGAAGAAUGAAAUAGAAUCACUGAGAGCAUAUGAACGCUUCAAUGAGGAUCUCACAUCGAAUGGACAGGACUACCUCGAUCUACCCCUUCUACAGGAGGAACAAAUCUUGGCUGAAUAUAAACGCUUUUUAGAGCAAUGAUUAAUACCCUUAUAUUUACCAGCCACUCUAUGGCAUACAUUUAUUUGCAAAAAGGUGAAUUGUACAUUUUACUU